AACUCUCGUUUCCACUCCUCUCACCUCCUCUUUUCAUCUUCUCUGACCUUCAUGGUCUCAUUCCUUCACUCUUUUUCAUGUCUACCUUCCUCUCUCCCCCCAUUCACAAUGAAUCCCUCAUCCAGGUUCGACUCCUCCCACUCCGUGUCAGCGCGUAAUUGUGCGCUCUGACCGCAAAGUUGGCUUUAAAUAGCGCGUCUCGCUUUGGAGAAGGACUCCUCCGUUCCUGCGCGUUCCUGUAUUUUUGCUUUUAUUUAUUUACAUUUUUCCCGUCUGCAUUUUCUGUAAAAAUUUACUCCUGUGUUGAGGUCCAUCUGUGCCCCGACAAGCAUGCAGGUGUUCGCGGCGCUGCUGCUCUGCAGCUCGGCGCUGCUGCUGCUGCAGGGAUGCUGCGCAGCCGCCAAGGGAUGGCGGGGAAUCAGGAAUGAUGCUACCGAGCUUUUACCGGACUAUGGGCAAAACACGGGCGCGCCGCACGAGGCCAUUCUGCACGCAGCCAACAAGAACAACAACAACAGUAACAACACUUUGAAUAACAGGGCGAAAAACGGUGGAAGGACUGCAAACACAGUUUCAUAUAGUGCUUCAGAGCUGAGCUGCAGGGAGCUGCGCUCCACCCGCUACAUUACCGACGGAUCCUGCCGCAGCGCCAAGCCUGUCAAGGAGCUGGUGUGCUCGGGUCAGUGCCUUCCCGCUUACCUCAUGCCGAACUCAAUCAUCCGUGGAAAGUGGUGGAGGAGCAGCGCUUCAGAUUACCGCUGUGUCCCGGCGCACUCCCGCGCACGGAGGGUCCAGCUGCAGUGUCCCAACGGCAACACUCGGACUUACAAAAUCCGGGUGGUGACCUCCUGUAAGUGCAAGCGCUUCAGGCCUCACCACAACCAAUCGGAAGCCAAGGAGCUGCCAAAGACGCAACGCAACAAGAAGCCCGGCCGCUUGGCUAAAGAUCGGAGCAAGAAUAGUACUCCACUCACGGGAAACUCGUACUGAACUGAGCAGAGACCAAAGAACUCCGACACACGUCACCCACGAUAAAUCUCCUUUUCACAAGGAGGGGUGAAAGAGAAAACUGAAAAGUUAAAUAAAAGCUAAUUUUAAGGCUGAUUGAAACAAAUCAGUCCAUAACUCUCCAUCACAUGUAUUUUGCAUGCCACCAAGGGGUUUUCUCUGUAGUAACUGGUCAUAAGUUUUAUCCAACCUAAACCUCAGCUGGCACGGGCUGUGUCUUUAAGUCAAACAGAUACAACUUAAAAAAAAAUUAUCCUAAAGCUUUAACCACCCCCAUCUGUGAAAAUCCAGCAGAUGCAGAAGCAACACUCGCUUUAUCUAAAGCUGAGAAGCUUUGUCUUUGCAUCGUAGCAAUUGAAAUCCAGCUCUUUGAGGUGGAGUGUGCAUUUGUUCUGGGGGCUCCAAUGUUGGUUUGGAAAGGAACCAUCUCCAGACAGUUUUAGCCAAAGAGGGCGAUCCUGGUGUAGAAUCAGUGUCAGGUACAGUAGCACUUCUCUGGUAACUAAAGGCAGGGAGUCGGGGAGACUGUAGAUGGAGAGCAAAUUUAGCACCACAGGGGCAGUGGGCUUUCCUGUGAAUCCCCUAAAUUUGCCAAUUCCUGUGUUUGAUUCAAGACAUUUCUUCCAGACACGGCCGGUUUAGUGGAGAAAUGCAUAAAUGGUGUAGGAGGUUGUUAUCUUGGUAGCAGGAGGCUCUUCGUUGUGCCCACACUGGAUUUCUCUUGCAGUGCAACCAGUGAUAACAGCCUUUCGCGCCUAUGUCCAUCUGUGGUGUUACUCUGCUGCAUUGUACGCCUGCACUACAUGUAGAUAACCAAAACGUAAAAAAAAAAAAAUCCAACCAGCCAUUCAGCUCUUCUACAGAUCUUAGAACCAGAAACACAGACAAAAAGGCGUUCAACCAGACCGACAAGUGUGCAGAACAUAAGAAACAUUUCUGUGUUUUGCCAGCUUUGUUUCUGCUCAUAUUGCUUUCUGAUUUCAGUUGUCAAAUCCCGCUGGCAAAUGCCUUUUUUAAAAACUCUAUAUUUGGAGGAGCAACUGGAAAGCUGUGAGAUGCAUGCGCCGUGCUGCAUGAACCUCCUUUUUAAAGGUGGAGGGAGGGACAGCCGCUUUUCUAAAGACACAGAGAGGGACUGUUAUAGAGACUCAUAUGCAUAUUUAUUUUUUAUUUCCACAUUUAAAUUAUUUAUGCAACUUUUUGUAGUAAAUGAUAGCCAUAAUUGCCAUAUAUUGUGUUGGAAACUUUGAAAGUAAAAAAGAAAUGUACAGAACAUGAAUAAAAUAAGGAAUCAUAUAUUUGAAAGU